UCACGCAACGAACGAAUGAAUGAAAACGUCGACAGACGGGCAAAAUCGCGAGCAAACAUUCGCGGCACACGCCAAGUCCCGCGCGCAGGUGAGCGCAAAGGUGCGUCGCGCGAGUGGCAGCGCGUGCACACACAUCCCCGCGCGACACGCUGUGAUCGCUUUGGAGGGGUUUAUCAGCGUCCAGCAUUGCUUAGCUGGCGCGUCACACCACCACGCUUUGCUUCACCACACUUAGUCGCUUGGUAUCCGUUUGACUAGCCGGCUUUCCCGCAUUUGUGCGCAUUGUCCCGCACGAGCGACACGACUCGUUACUUUGUGUUUGUCGUUAAUCGCGCCGCGAUAACGCGAAAAGAGUUGCGGCCGUCUCUCUCCCUCCGUCUUUCUCACAAACACACCUGUCGAGUUCUCGCGGCUUCUCGGUCACGAUUUCCUUCGUCGCGCGUCGUCGUCGUCGUCGUCGUCGUCGUAGAUAAGCGGAUCGUAGUGAAUCCUCGCGGGAUCUUUCUUGGGUCGAAAUUGAGGGAGUCUCGACUCGAUGAUUUUCGAGCGCGAAAUGCUCAGUAGGGCUCCAUGAGGUGCGCUCGGCAAAUUCUUCGGGAUUUACGAUGCCAUUGUGCUGCGAAAGAUACGCGGACGAACGCGAUAACGCGCUGAUAUCUUGAUAUCUUGAGCAAGCGCGCGCGCGACAUCUUACACGGACGGCCUGCGCGCGCGCGCGCGCGCGCGCCAGGUGUGUGUUCUCCUCGCGGAUUCUGCUUCGCUCGCUAUACUCACGAUGGAGACUGCCGACUUGACGCUAUAUUUUUACAUUGCGUGUGGUAUCGCCGCCGGCGCGCUUAUCUUACUUUUCAUUUUGGUGGCCGUGCUAUUCGUGAAAGUAAAUCGAUUAGCUCGGGACGGGUCCAACCAACUAAACAGGCAGACAAACAUGAUGGCGGACUUUUGUUACACCAAUCCCACAAUCGUGCCAGGGGAAUUGCUGUCUCGUCGUGGCUUUUCCAUGUAUAGCGGGGCCGACAAUUUCGACGAGGAGUUGGGCAGGAGCAAGAAUUCCAUUCAGUAUGGGACUUAUCAUGAGGCACGGUCGAAAUUCUAAUUCAUCGAUCAGACUGACGCCGCGUCUCUUCAGCGCGUCGUGUAACAAUGGCGCGCGCGUUUACUCAUGCCGAUUAAUCGACCACUGAUGGGAUCGAUUAGAGAUUAAGUAAUUUAUCGCCUCAGUUUAAGUCAUUGCGUUAAUUGUUAUUAAUGUGAAGUAUAUAUAUUUACUCUCUAACGUCUAAAUAGGUUUUUGUUGUAUAACUUAUCGCGAAAUGAAUCAGAUGCACGAGCUCAAUCUUUCUUACCGACAGACUAAAAAUCGAGGUCAUUUCAAAUCGAGGCUUUGUUUCUCUCCUUUUGCAACCAGGAUAACCGUAUCGUAGGCGAAGAGAAUCGUAUUGAUCUCGUGACCGACACUCGUAAAAAUGAUCCUCAAUGAUGUGUUGAAUAUUUUCACGCCCGCGAUACUUGGCUGUGACGUACAGGUGUGCGAUUUGUGAGGAAAUUAAGAUCUAAUUAACAGAAAUCGAGACGCGAUUCUACGACGCGAUUAACGCGACGUCUUGGUUACGUUGAUUUUCGCUCAUGCGCAAAAUCUCUCGAAUUUAAUUGAUCGAAGCGAUAGCUAAAACGAUGAGGCACAGCGACGAAAUUCUGACGAAUUCUGACGAAGAGAGACGA